AUUUCCCGAGGAAAACAAACAACUAUGAAUCAUGUGAUGUUUUGAGAUGAUCAGGGUCUAAUGUGCACACAUACUUUUCCAUUUAAAAAAAAAUCGUUUAUUUUAUUUAAAAAAUGAUAUUCUUAAUCUUAUACGUAUUUAUUGAAAAGUAAUCCUACAAUAAAUCAAUUACUUUGAGUGUACAGCCUAAACAGAUCUAAAACUAGACGAAAUCUUCAUUAAAAAACAUGAGUUGUAGGCCUUUUAUCUGUGGUAAAUGUAUACGAAAUCUGACCUCUCGUUUGACAACCUAAUACAACAUACUAAAUGGCGGAUACAAUGGAAGGUGUCUUGAUUCAGAAAGAUGACAACGACAACUUGAAAGAUUUAAUCAUAAUUGGACGAUCUGGCAACGGAUUGACUAGCGUGGAGCAGAGUAUCCACGAAGACAACGAGUAUCGUGUCAUUGACAGCAAGGGGAUCGGAGACGCAGGUCAAGACAUCACACUGCUAGAAAGAAGACAACACUAUUUCAACUUGCGAGAUCAGCUACGCCAGAUACACGCCAUCCUUUUUAUCAUGAAGUAUGGAAUACGGUUCACGCAGCAAGAGAAAGACGCGGUCUCAGUGGUGAGGUCGACGUUUGGGGAGAAUGUAUUCAAAGCUAAGGUGGUGAUAGUGUUUAGUUACGGGGAUUUGUUUCGCCAAGACAUGACAGAAGCUACCGAUCUGGACGAAUGUUUCAUGACCUGGUGCAGAGACCAGAUUGGUGACAUAAAAACUGUGUUUGAAGAAGCGGACUAUCGAUGUGUCCUGUUUGAUAAUAAAACUCGUGAUAUAGACAGAAAAACGAAACAGUGGCUACAGUUAAAAUCAAACAUUCAAAAAGUGGAACAUGUUAAUUUCACUAUAGAUGAAAGACUAUCACAAAAUCAAGCUCCAACAAAUGUGGUAGCUGUCAUGGGAGAAAGAACACUUCUCUCCAAGCUUAUUGACAAUAUAAAAGAAUUAGUACAUAUUAUAAUAGUUGUAACAAAUUUUUAUGUUCAUCUUUUGUAAGCCUAAUGUAAUAUUAGCUAAUUAAAAUCAAGUAAUACAAA